AUUUAUAGAUGGCUGCAACUCAGUUUGAGGGACUUCUUACAACUCUCUGUGGAUAUGUAGUAAUAGGCAUUGCAUUGGUGUUUCUUCAUGCUUUGGCUGCAUUAAUUAAACUAAAAAAGACGAAAAGAUUAUUAGGAUUAUGCUAUGUUGUUGUCAAAGUUUCCCUUCUAUCUGUUGUCGAAAUAGGAGUGUUUCCACUCGUGUGUGGUUGGUGGCUAGACAUUUGUUCUUUGACAAUGUUGGAUGCUAGUUUACAAGACAGAGAAGAAAGUUUCAAAAUUGCUCCUGGCACUUCGAUGUUCAUUCACUGGUUGGUAGGAAUGGUAUAUGUGUUUUAUUUUGCAUCGUUUAUUCUUUUAUUAAGAGAAGUUCUUCGGCCUGGUGUUUUGUGGUUUCUUCGCAAUUUAAAUGAUCCUGAUUUCAAUCCCAUCCAGGAGAUGAUUCAUUUACCAAUUUUACGCCACAUUCGUCGACUUCUAGCUUCAUUGGUGACAUUUGGUACGACUGUACUUAUUAUGGUGUGGAUUCCUGUGAGAAUUAUUGAAAAAGUAUUUCCUGGAUUUCUACCUUAUAAUGUAAUAUUAUCAAGUGAAACUCCAGUUAGCGAAUUAUCUCUAGAACUUGUAUUAUUACAAGUCGUAUUACCAGCAUUAUUAGAACAAGGUCAUACAAGACUCUGGCUGAAAACUUUUGUGCGUGCCUGGUGUGUUGGUGUUUCUUACAUAUUGGAUCUUCGUUCAUAUCUGCUUGGAUCUGAUCCAGUUGAUAAUCAGAAUCUUGAGCCAGUAAUUCAACCGGAACAGUUGAAUGACCAACCUCGGGAACAAGGUUUUCAACAUGGUGCUCUGGCAGCAGCUCAUCAAGCUCUAUUGCAAGGAAAUGGUCCAACUGGAUUUCAACCAUACAGACGUCCUAAAUAUUUUAUUCUAAAGAUAAUUUGCUUACUGACUCUGAUUUGUGCAAGCUUAAUGAUUGGAAGUUUAGGAAUGCUAACUAUACCAGUGUUUUUUGGACGAAAGUUGAUGAAACUCUGGAUGGGAAAUACAAAAGUUCAUGAAUUAUAUACAGCUGCUUGUGGUCUUUACAUCUGCUGGCUUUCAUUGCGCAUUUUGACAUUGUUAUUUGGAUGGCUUCCAAGAGGAUGGAAUGCAGUAGCAUCGAAAUUACAAGAAUGGAUGAUAAUUGCACUCUGCCUAAUUUGUCCGAUGAGUAUAUUAUUAGGAGUUAUACCAUUGUUAAUGGGUCUGCUGUUUGAUCUGGUGAUAAUUGUGCCACUCAGGGUUCCGCUUUAUCAAACUCCUUUGAUAUCGCUUUGGCAGGAUUGGGCAUUAGGAAUUCUUCAGACUAAAAUCAUUUGUGCAGUUACUUUGAUGGGUCCAAGCUGGUGGAUGAAGAGAGUCAUAGAACAAGUAUAUCAAGGAGGUUUUAGAAGAAUUGAUUUAAAAUUAAUUUUUUGUGAGCUUUCAUUACCAGUUAUUACUGUUCUUGGAUUAUUAUUAAGUGGACCCUAUAUUGCUGCAUGUAGUUUUACUCCAAUGUUUGGUGCAGCUUUCGAAAUGCAGAAUCUUAUUUUGAGGAGAAUAUAUCCGGCAGUUUUGGCUGUAUAUGUCAUAGUAGGAAUCUUGAUAUUCCAAGUACGACAGUUCUUCAGAUUAUAUGAACAUAUUAAAAAUGACAAAUAUUUAGUUGGAAGAAGACUGGUCAACUAUGAACACAAGUGUUUGGGAAAACUAGGAAGUCAGAAUAGUGAACAAUCGAGUGUAAGAACGUAGAUCCUCUGAUGGCGACCAAACACCUGUACAUAGACUGCCGUGUAUAUUAUUGCUGUACAUACGACAAGGCUGUGGUAGUUUCUGCAGCAAUUUACUUGGUCGUACCAUUUCGAACAAAAUAUUUAAUAGUCUUUAUGUAGAAUUAUUUACUUGGGAGACAUUUUAGGCCACCUUCCGUUUAAUUAUUUCUGCUAUUUUUUUGUUAUGGAUACGAAUUUGGUCAUUGUCUGCAUCUAGUAUCAUUGAGCAGAUAAGAGGCUAAAAUACCCUGGUUUUGUUUUACAGAAAUUUUGACACUCGCACUGCUGUAUUGGACAGAGGAAAAUUUUGUUGAUCUGCAAGAACUGGAAAAAUUCGGAGGGGCAACUGUCCUCUCCAUCUAUAGACUUAAAAAAGGAAUGAAAAUCAGAGCAGUCAACUAUUUCCUGCCAAGUAAUGAAAGUCCAGCAUUUAUAUGUUCUGUUAAGAAAAUAGUAGCUAUUUUCUGGUCACCCACUUUUGUAUGUAAUACGGAAGACAUGGUGUUAAAAUUUUUUGUUAAUAGUUGUAUGACAAACAUUUGUAACUAUCGAUCUCAAUUAAAAUUUGAGUAUUUA